CCCGGGGUACGGCGCAAGUUGCGCGGAUCUGGCGUGGCGGGAGCCCGGGGUACGGCGCAAGUUGCGCGGAUCUGGCGUGGCGGGAGCCCGGGGUACGGCGCAAGUUGCGCGGACCGGGUGUGCAGCGUAUCCGGGUAGAGGGCCCGGUGUGCUGGUCGAGAUUGGCGGGAGUUCUGGUGCAGCGCCUGGUGUGAGGAUUGUGUCUGUCUUCUGGGGUUUCACAAUCUAUUAUUGUUCUUCCUUGAAGAAUCUGGCAGCUUUAUUUAAGGACUACAUAUGUACCACUGAGUAAUGGACUGUGAAGAUGUCCCAUAACAACACUUCUAAGUCGUGUCAGAUAAAAACAGAGCAACUUCAUGAAUACAGUUUACAGACUUUGCCUCUUAGUUAUUCUGAGGCUCAGCUUGAACUGGAAGAAUGUAAGAUUCGAGUAGUGAAAAAUACAGAAAUGGCAAAUAAACCUGUUUCCUUGUGGACAGUGGAUGAGGUGUGUGAGUGGAUUAAAAGUCACGACCUAAGUCACAACUCUGGUUUUGUAGAAGCAAUUUACUGGCAUGCUAUCUCAGGACGUGCUUUGUUGAGACUCACUGCAGGAAAGUUGGAACAAAUGGGCAUUGACGAGGAGAGCCAACGUCAUUCACUGCUUCAGGAAAUACUGCGAUUGCGUAUUCAAAAUGAUGUAGAAAGUCUUACUCCCAUCUUUGAAGGUGUUGCCUGACCCGCCAAGUUCCUCCAGCUCCUUUGUGUGUUGGACGAAAAAACAACUGACUAAAGAGCCCUUGUCAGAGACUUCAAGUAUCCUGCUCAAUAUUUCUUCCCAGAUCCUCAGCACAAAAAUGGAUAAUCUGACAAAUCAUCUGAUUUGUUAUUUAUAACAUAUAUUUAUGGAAAAGUUUCCAGAUUGCUUACCCAGCAACAAUUACUGCAUUUCAGAAAUAAUUCAUUAGAUGUAAACACUUUGUAUUUAUACAAUUUCUGAGAAAGAAAUACUGAGAAAACCUCAAUUUCCUUAUCACUCUUUGAUCAUAUUUUCCUUUUAUUUUAGUCUAACUCAAAAUAAAAUUCUCUACUUGGUUAUAUUUGUGAGGAACAUUAACUCUUCUUGGGAAUGUAAUGGAUAAAGUGAUAUAAACAUAUUGGAAAAUGUUGGUAUGGAAUGCAGGCUGAAUUUUCCUAUGCUGCUAAUCUUAAAUGCUAGAUUCAUUUCUGAACCUCCUCUGCAGUACUCUGUUGAAAUCCUCUUCAAGAAAGGUUGACUAAAAUUGCAUAUAAUUUAAAUGUGGUCUUACUGGCAAUCAAGGAGGUUAUAAUAAUUAUCACCAUGACCUUACAAUAGGUAAUUAGUUUAUUAUUGUCACAUGUACUGAGAUAGAGUGAAAAGCUUUUGUUUGCAUGCCAUCCAGACAGAUUAUUCUAUACAUAAAUACAUGGAGGUAGCACAAAAGGGAAAAAAAUAGAAUACAGUUACGGAGAAAGUGCAGUGCAAGUAGACAAAGUGCGAAGACCAUGAAGAGGUAGUUUAAGAGAUCAAGAGUUCAUCUUUAUUGUAUAAAAGGUCCAUUAAAUAGUCCUUGAGGUUGUUCAACAGAUCAGAUUUGUUGUAUACCCAUCAUUGAUUCUUCCUCUAUCACCUCACAUUUAUUGGGAUUAAUUAAGCUGAGCUAAGGGUCACCAACUGGAUAACUGCAUUAAUGUCUAUUUGCAUAUUAUUUCUCCUAGUAAAUGGUGAUACAACUUGGUAUCCUUUACACACCUUUCCUUCAAAUAAUGAUUUGUGUUUAUACUGCCAACCACUGCUAUGUAAAGCUGACAGGAAUUUUUGGUGUCUAUUCUUGCCAAAUUAAACAUGGAAAUCCAUAAACUUCUGUUUGUAAUAUCCUUUCUAUACAGAUCAUAAUUUUGCGACCUUCUUCAAUGCAAUCACAUUGAAUCUAUUUUCUGACUCGAACUUCAACUUUUAACACAUUUGUAGAGAAAAGAAGUACAAAAUGAACAGAGUACACAUACUGAAUGAAUAGGGUAGAACGAGUAGAAUACUCCACACAGAUGAAAGCAGAAAUGAUGGAGAUAUUUAUUUGGUCAGGAAGCACAUGUGAAGAGAGGAAUAGAAUUAUGAAAAGUCAUUGAUUUGUAAACUGUUUCUUUGCACAAAUGCAGCCUGACUGGCUGAGUAGUUCAAACAUAUUCUGUUUAAUAUUGUAAGCAUUUGGCUGUAUUGAUUAAGCUGAGUUUUAAUUGUGCACUAAAUCAUAAGUAUUUUUGAACAACCUUUCUAGUGCUCAAAAACAUAUUUGUUUUGUGUGGAUUGUCAUUCCCUCAGGAAAAACAUUUGAAAAUUCUGUAAUUUUUCAUUUAAUGAUAUUUCAAUGCUUCCUUUAUGUGAAUGGUCCAAUUUUUUAUUUUUCUUUCUGUAAUAGCUUAAAAUUAUGAAUAAAUAUGUGUUUUAC